GUCGCGAUUCGUUGUCCAUAGGAUCAAUUGAUGAACUCGUUAAGUUAAUAACUAGAUCGUAAAAUUUUUAUAUGGUGCAAGAAUUAAUAAGAGAAACAAUUAAAAAUUUUUGAUAAUUAACUUGAGCAACAUUGCUUCUUUUCUUCAAAUUUACGAAACCGGGAGAGCUUCAGGACAAUGUCUGCAAAAACUAAAAGAGGUUACGAAGUACCUGAACCUGGCGAAGAAAUCGUUAUAUCUGGUAUUUCCGGUAGAUUUCCAGAGUCCCAUAAUGUAGAAGAGUUCAAAAACAAUUUACUAAAUAAGGUAGAUAUGGUCACGAAUGACGAUCGCCGAUGGAACUUAGAACAUCCAGAGAUCCCCAAAGGUACAGGAAAGAUUAACGAUGUUGGCAAAUUCGAUGCACUGUUCUUUGGAGUACAUUUCAAACAGGCUCACACGAUGGAUCCAAUGUGCAGAAUGUUGCUGGAGCAUGCUUACGAGGCCAUUAUUGACGCGGGAGUUAAUCCAAAACUGUUGCGUGGAUCGCGAACCGGCGUUUUUAUCGGCGCAUGUUUUUCGGAAUCUGAAAAAACUUGGUUCUACGAAAAAUUACAGGUAAAUGGUUUUGGAAUUACCGGAUGCAGUAGAGCCAUGCUGGCAAAUAGGAUUUCCUAUUGGCUAGGAGUGACUGGACCAUCUUAUGCUCUGGAUUCCGCAUGCAGCUCGAGCUUGAUCGCAUUGGAGCACGCUUAUCAGUCCUUGAUAAAAGGUCAAUGCGAGGCUGCUAUUGUGGGCGGAUCGAACCUGUGUCUUCAUCCCUACGUGUCGUUGCAAUUUGCUCGUCUUGGGGUUUUAUCAUCUGAUGGACGCUGUAAGGUAUUUGACAACGACGCUGAUGGCUAUGGUCGUAGCGAGACAAUUUCCGUCAUAUAUCUACAGAAAGCGAAGCAUGCGAAACGAAUUUACGCUACAGUGGUCCAUAGCAAAACGAAUUGUGAUGGUUACAAGAAGCAGGGCCUUACAUUUCCGUCAAGCGCGAUGCAGGGCAAAGUGAUGAAAGAUUGCUACGAGAGUUGCGGUUUGUCACCGAACGAUCUGUUCUAUUUGGAAUGCCAUGGUACUGGCACCAAAACCGGCGAUCCUGAGGAGCUCAACGCGAUCGAGGAAGUUUUCUUCGAGAAAGAUAGACCUACCCCUUUGCUGAUCGGUUCUGUUAAAUCAAAUAUGGGUCAUUCUGAGCCUGCUGGCGGCCUAUGUUCAGUUAUUAAGAUGUUAAUAGCAAUGGAAACUGGAAUAAUUCCACCUAAUUUGCAUUAUAAACGGCCACGUGAAGGGUUCAAAACUCUUGAAGACGGUAGGCUCAAAGUCGUCACCGAACCGACACCUUGGAAUGGUGGUUACGUGGGUAUUAACUCGUUCGGUUUCGGGGGUUCUAAUUGCCAUGUUGUGUUAAAAUCUUAUUCAAAAAAGAAGAUCAAUAACGGAGCACCUUCUGAUGAUUUACCGAGAGUCGUAACAGUAUCUGGACGUACAGAGGAUUCUGUUAAAGUGUUCCUAGAUGAUAUCGAAAAGCAUCCGAUGGAUGCUGAAUAUAUCCGUCUGCUGCAUGACAUUCACUCUAUUGAUGUCCAAGGACAUUUGUAUCGAGGAUAUACAAUAGUCGGCUCGAAGAAGACGGAGCAUUCCAUAAGGGAAAUAGAAAAUUAUUUGGGAUCUGUGAGACCGGUAUGGUUCGUGUUUUCCGGUAUGGGAUCGCAAUGGCCUGGCAUGGGUAUCGAGCUAAUGAGAUUCCCUGUCUUUGCCGAAGCUAUUAAAAAAUGUGAUGCCGUCUUACGACCGCGCGGUGUAGACAUCAUUAAUAUAUUGACAAACACAGACAAAAGCAUUUUUGACAAUAUUUUGCAUUCGUUUGUGGGUAUCGCGGCGGUACAGAUUGGUCUGGUUGAUCUCCUCACGUCAAUAGGCAUUGUGCCGGACAAUAUUAUUGGUCAUUCUGUCGGAGAGCUUGGUUGCGCUUACGCAGAUGGAUGCUUCACAGCUGAACAAAUGAUUUUGUCAGCGUACUCGAGAGGUUUAGCAUCCAUCGAAACUGAAGUAAUUUUCGGUUCAAUGGCAGCUGUCGGUCUUGGCUACGAGGACGUCAAAGAUAUGUGCCCACCCGACAUCGAAGUGGCUUGUCACAAUAGUGCUGACAGCAGCACGAUUAGUGGACCCGCUGAGUCUAUGAAAGAAUUUGUCGCCAAACUACAGGCUAAGCAAAUCUUUGCGAAAGAAGUGCCAUGUAGCAACAUACCCUAUCACAGUCGCUAUAUCGCGCCUGCCGGACCAAAACUUCUGGCUUAUCUGAACGAGGUAAUUCCUGAGCCAAAGCCGCGCAGCCAGAAAUGGGUAAGCUCGUCUGUGCCACGCAAUAAAUGGUCCACCGUGGCCGCCAAGUUGUCGUCCGCCGAAUAUCACACCAAUAAUCUUCUGAAUCCCGUACUAUUCGAAGAAACGGCGCGUAUGAUCCCGAAAGACGCGGUGACCAUCGAGAUUGCACCUCACGGUCUGCUACAGGCCAUCCUCAGACGAUCCCUCGAUACGGGAGUCACCAAUAUUGCGCUCACACAGCGCGGUCACAAAGACAACGUCGAGGUUGUUUUGCAAGCAAUCGGCAAACUCUACAAUACUGGAUUACAACCGGAUAUUGUGAGUCUUUAUCCGCCGAUCGAGUAUCCAGUUAGCAAUGGUACCCCAAUGAUCUCACCUUCUAUUAGAUGGGAACAUUCUGACGAUUGGUUCGUAACGAAAUAUAAAGCACCAAAGAAGAUAACUUCUGGGGAGAGAAUCAUUACUUUGUCAAGACAAGAUGAGAAUUUUGAGUAUAUGGCUGGUUAUGUUAUUGAUGGGAAAAAUGUGAUACCUGCCGUAGGAUAUCUUGCUUUCGUUUGGGAAAUUCUGGGCACAUUGCACGCGGAAAUGUAUUCAGAAUUAUCGGUCGUCUUUGAAGAUGUCACGUUUACUCGUAUCAUCCAUAUACCUAAAGAAGGCGAGAUUCAGAUAACAGUAAUGGUUCAAAAAGGCACUGGCAGAUUCGAAGUAUCGGACGAUAAUAGCGAUACUUUGAUUGCGACUGGAUUUAUUCGAGUCGUGAAGAACCCUGCGCAAGAAAAAAUACCUACUACGCUUUUGCCAAUAAAUGACGAGGAACAAGUGCUAACUACUAAGGACAUUUAUAAAGAGCUGAGAUUACGGGGUUAUCAAUAUUCAGGCGCUUUUCGUUCUUUAAAAAGCGUAUCCCUAUCACGAAGGAAAGGACACAUUGCUUGGAUGUGUAAUUGGGUAACAUUCAUAGACAACAUGCUACAAAUGAUGAUUCUUGGAAUGGAUACGGAAAAUUUAUAUAUGCCUGCGAAAAUACAUAAAAUCGUGAUUGAUACCAAGCUUCACCAGCAAGAAAUUCAAAAUCUGGAUUCAGAAGACAAACAAUUCCCUGUACACGUUUAUAAAGAAUGGGAAACCAUAAUAUCAGGUGGAAUUGAAAUUCGUGGCUUCAAAGCUACGGCCUUACCUCGCCAAUUAGAUAACAAUCCAGUUCUCGAAGAAUAUAAAUUUGUGGCUCAUCGCGACAGAGCACAAGUAUCCCUGAAGGAGGCUAUCAGAUUGUCCACGCAGAUUGCGAUCGAAUAUCAUCAAGCUAUUCAUGUGAAGACCAUCGAGUUGAUCGACGAUUCCGACAAUGUGACGACGGAUAAAUUGGCGUCACCCAUGCUCACUGAGAUUUUGAAUGACUUGCCCUUGAUUCAGGCGAACGUGCAUUUGUCUGCACCAUCUAAUCAUUUUGACGUCGAUUCGUUACCCACGAACGUGAUUUCCAUAGAUAUUAAUAAAGUGUCCAAAGAAGAUAAUAUUCUGCUCGCCAUCGGUAUUGGAUUACUUUCAAAAAAUAAGAAACAUCAAUUGGAGCAAAUCCUGCCGAAACUGAGAAAUGAUGGUUUUGUAUUAACACGAGAAAAAUCGUCCAAAUUUGAAAACCUUCCAAUAUUUUCGAAGAACUUAGAUAUGAUUUUAGAGAAGAGUAUUGGCGAAGAGACUAUCGUACUUUUAAAGAAGAAGGAGCAGCUUCAAAUCAAGAAAACAGAAGUCGUCCAUGUUAACAAUAAUGAGUUCACUUGGCUCAAGAAAUUGAAUUCGUUGAUGAAUGAAGAAAAUGAGACCAACGACAUGAGGAUAAUACUUGUUAGCGAGGGAGAAUUAGAAAGUGGUUUGCUAGGUUUUGUAAACUGCUUAAGAAAGGAACCAGGUGGAGAAAUAAUUAGAAGUAUAUUAAUACAAGAUUCCAAAGCCCCUCAGUUUUCCUUACAAAACCCGUUAUACGUGGAACAGCUUCGGUUAGAUUUGCCGAUCAAUGUAUUGAGACCGGGAAAAAUAUGGGGUUCCUACAGACAUCAACCAUUGUCGAGUCUACAGCCAAAACUUGUUCAUCAUGCGUAUGUUGAUCAAAUGAUACCUGGCGACCCAAGUUCACUUCGUUGGAUCGAAGGCUCUCUACCUCCUGAUCAAAAGGAUCUGGUCCAUGUAGUAUACUCGCCUCUCAAUUUUAGAGAUGUUAUGUUGGCGACAGGAAAAUUCGUUCUGGAUACUGACUCAUUACAUAGUCGACAUGAUAAAUGCUUAUUCGGCUUGGAGUAUGCUGGUAUCGAUACUGCUGGUUGUCGUGUCAUGGGACUUUGCUGUCGAAAAGGUAUAACGAAUAUCAUCAAAGCCAAUAAACGCUUCUGUUGGAACGUACCUGACAAUUGGUCAUUAGAAGAUGCGGCCACCGUGCCAUACGUGUACGCAUUGUGUUAUAACGCGCUCUAUCAGCGGGGUGAGAUGCAGAAAGGUGACAAAGUACUCAUUCAUUGCGGCAGUAGUAGUGUCGGUCAGGCAGCAAUACAUCUUGCUCUUUACGAAGACUGCGAAAUAUUCACCACCGUAGGAACGCCAGAAAAACGUAAAUUCAUCCGCGAGAUGUUCCCAUCGAUUCCGGAUGAUCAUAUUGGCAACUCGCGUGACGUCAGUUUCGAACAGAUGGUACUUCAGCGAACGAAUGGCAACGGGGUGGACAUUGUUUUAAAUUCGUUGCCCGAUGAAAGGCUCCAAGCAUCAGUUCGCUGUCUAGGGGAGGGUGGUCGUUUCUUAGAAAUUGGCGCAUUUGACGUCACUUCAAAUAAUUCUAUAGGAAUGAUGAUUUUCUUGAAGGAAAUCAGUUUCCACGGAGUUGUGCUAGAUAUUUUGCUUUCCUCUACAAUGGAGGAAGAGAAAGAAGAUUUAUAUAAUAUGGUGAACGAGGGUUUGAAAAAUGGAGCUGUUAAACCGCUUGUUAGAAAAGUCUUUAAAAAGGAUGAAUUAGAAACGGCCGUCAAAUAUAUGACAACCGGAAAUCAUAUAGGCAAGGUACUUUUGAAAAUUUGCGAUGAGAAAAAGGUUCUUGAAAAGAAACCUAUUCUAGCUGAUCCUCAAUAUUACUGCGACAGUAACAAAACCUACCUCAUCCUGGGUGGACUGGGUGGUUUUGGAUUGGAAUUAGCCGAUUGGCUGGUACUCCGAGGCGCCAAAAAUUUAGUGUUAACAUCAAGAAUGGGAAUAAAGGACGGUUAUCAGCGCAUGAAAGUCGAGCUAUGGAAAUCUUAUGGCGUGAAUGUGCUCAUCAUUACGGGGGUGGACGCUUCGAGUCGCAAGGAUUGCGAAUUUAUACUAAACUCCGCGGAGAAACAAGGCCCAGUGGAUGCCAUCUUCAAUCUCGCCGUGGUGCUGAAGGAUAAUAUCUGCAAGAAUCAAACGCCGGAAUCGUUCGAAGAGACUUUCAGGGUGAAAGCUUGGGCCACAAAGAUGCUAGAUGAGCUAUCCAGAAAGUUGUGCCCGCAACUUCGGCAGUUUGUAGUUUUCUCCUCGGUUUCUUGCAGAAGAGGAAAUGCCGGACAGACGAAUUACGGUAUGGCUAAUUCCGUGAUGGAGAGAAUUUGCGAGCGCAGAACAGCGGACGGUUUGCCGGGACUGGCUAUUCAAUGGGGCGCGAUAGGCGAAGUUGGUCUUGUCACAGAAAGGCAGGAAAAUGACGAGAAAGUCGUCAUUGACGGUUUAUUGCAGCAAAAGGUAUCUUCCUGCCUUAAGAAGCUGGAGAACUUUUUGCUACAGGAUCGUCCAGUGGUAUCUAGCAUGGUGGUGGCAGAAAAGUAUAUGAGUGCUGGAACUGUUAACAUUGUGGAAAUCGUAGCAAAUAUAAUGGGUGUGAAAGAUUUGACGACUGUCGAUCCAAACAUACCGUUGAUCGAUCUUGGCAUGGACUUAACGAUGGCCGUCGAGAUCAAGCAAAUACUAGAACGCGAAUACGAUAUCUUCGUCACUGCGCAGAACAUCCGCAAUCUAAAUUUCGGCAAACUGACGGAGAUGUACGAUAAGGACUUGGAACGACAGAAAGUACAGAAUCAAAAUACCGAUGAACAAUCAAUCGAGUCUGGCAUGCAAUUGUUAAUUCAAAUUUUAAAUAACGAUGAAUUAUCUAUUGAGACCUGUGUGAAAUUAGAAACUAGGAUGGAUUCGCGCAAGCUCCAAGUGUUCCUCUUACCGGGUAUACAGGGUUCCGCACAGAUAUUUAAUCCACUGGCGCCAAAGAUCAGACCUAUCGCGAUGGCCUUGCAAUAUGGAAUAAUAAAUGCUGGAACUCAUUAUAUGUCUAUACCAGAAUACGCAGAUCAUCUUUUACCUUAUAUCUUACCAAACGCGAAAGAGCAAAGAGGUUUCUCCUUAAUCGGAUAUUCAUAUGGUUCGUUAAUUGCCCUCGAAUUAGCGAGACGAUUGGAAAAACAAGGUUUGAGUGGUCGAUUAGUGCUAAUUGACGGCGCUCCUGAGCUAUUCAAAGCGGUUCUAGAGCAAUUUAUUCCAUCCACUACAGAGGAAGAACUUCAAAAUAAUGUCUUGCUUGCUAUGAUGGAUACCAUACAAUCAACCUUAAGCGGAAAGUUACUUUUAGCUCUUGAGAAAUGUACUACCUGGGAAGAGAAGUUAGAUAUAUUCCUCUCGCACAUUCCUGAUAAUAAAAAGUCACUUUCGACCGAAGAUCAAAAAGCGUUGUGUACAACCAUUUACUUGCACAUUCUCGCUCUUCAAAGAUAUGAUUUGCAAUCCUUGGAACGAAUACGAGCGCCUAUAACACUUUUGAAACCCACAUUACAAUUAGUCAAUAUGACUGAAGAAGAUUAUGGCUUACAUAAGCUCACGCGAGACAAAGUAGAAGUGUAUAAUGUUGAAGGUAACCAUGUCACAAUGUUGAAGGACGAUAAGAUCGUAGCAGCAAUAAACGGAGAACCAUUAAUUGAUGUCGAAGAAUUCAAAAAGCUUUUAUUAGAAGAUCGACCGCUCGAAUAGUAAGAGAAGACAAAGAAGAGGGAAUCUGCAAGAGUUUAUAAUACAGCCUUAAAACAUAAUAUAUUUAAUAGUAAUAUAUUUAAUAAUAUAUUUAGUUUAAAAAAUAUAUCUAUAUAUGUAUAUAAUUUUAUUGUGAGUAUAGAUGAGAACUGUGAAUACAAUCUGAAGUUAAAUAUCCAAAUAAUUAAUGCAUUAAAUUAGCCAUUAAAUUUGGAACUAUUCGAAUCAUAUGAAAUGUUUGUGAUCCAAACAGUCUACGCACGCGUUUAUUACUUUAUACUAUUUACUUUCCUCUUUCUGUUAAAAAAUAAAAACUAAUUACAAAUUUAAUAUGCGAAACUUGGAGUUAUGUACAACAAAAAUGUAAUUAAAAUAGAAAUAUUUUUUGUAUGUUUUUUUUUGUAUAGAUAUUUCAUGGAUAUUCGAACUUUGCUCAAAUUUAUUUAACUUUUAUUUCGUUAGCCUUAAAAGAAUGUUUAGUAGAAUAAAAAAUAUCAAAAGAAGCUAUUUUUUAAUUUGAGCAUAUAAAUUAAUGUUUUACUAAAUUCAAGAAACAUAUUUAAUUACGUUUACUUUUAUUGUUCCUAAAGAUUCAAUAUGUAUUUAUUGCAGUCACUUUGUGACUGUAAAGUAUACAAAAUAUAAGAGGUUCUAUGUAAGAGUGUAUACGUCUUUAUGUAAAAUUACACAUAAUUUUAAUAAAUUUUGGUAUGUUGUACUUACAAUUUGUUAGUAAUUAGUUGUCUGUUGAAUUUUAUAUUCCCAAAAUCGUAGAUUUAAUUCUAAAUAAGAUUUAAAUGUUUUCGAUAAUUUGAACGUUUGGAUUUGAGUAAAUAGAUAAAAUUAUUCGGAUAUUAUAUUCAUCAGAUAUUUAUAGUUCUAGUUUGGAUAUAUUUGGAUAUAUAGUUUGGAUAUAUUUAAACCCGGCAAAAAUUCAGAAGUGAUAUGGAUUUUUUAUGCAAAAAAAACCAUUAUUACAAAAUUAACAUAAAAUUAAAUUUAAUAAAUUAAUUAAUUUAUCUAUAAUGUUUACUUAUACAAUGAUUGCAUCCUGCAAUUCAAUUAAUUUUUGGAAUUUCUAGUUGUAAAACUUCUUUUGCUUCUCCUAAGGAGUACAAUAUAAAUGGAUAUAAACUAUAUUGUUAAAUAUAUUUUUUCAGAUAUUUUUCAGAUCUUUUUUGCACAUCUAUCAAAAAUAAAAUGAUCAAAUAUAACUAAUUACAAGUCAAUAGAGCCAAAAGAACGUAAUGAAAGCUGAAAGAUUCAUUGCCGUUGACAAAAGUUAAUUUAAAGAUAAUUAGUUAUACAAACAUGUUUUCUCGACGAAUAAUUAAUAGUUAAAAGUGAGAUAUGUAGAAUUUGUUUAUAAAGCUUAAGAAAAAAACAAUUAAUAAUGCUUGUGAUAAUUAGAUUGUUGUCUAAUAUUGGAAAAAGAAAUAAUAUUAAAAUUCUAGUUGGAAUUUUAUUAUAUUGUACUUUAAUGUAAAAUACAUACUUGUAUCCAUUCAUUCACAAUAAACACGCGCGCAUAUUA